AUGAGUGCAUCAGCAAGCUCGCGUAUUACCCAAGGUGUAGCACUUUCUUUCUGUCGGGCAUUCCACGACCCAAUUGUCUACCGCAUCUGCCACCGUAAGUGUACGCAGCUUGCGCUCAGCUCCGCUCUAGGAGCACUCAACCUUCCAGCACCAUCAAGAGAUAUGACUUACGUCCGGAGGAGAUUCACCAACACUCUGCUCACCUGGACCAAAAUGAGAGUCCCUACCUCUCUGGAGAUGCUAGAAUAG